GCCCGGGGCGGGCGCAGCCGGCCAGCAAGCUCCGGGGAUUGACUACCCGCGCGCUCACUUCCGCGUCCCGCCGCCGGCCGCCGCCAUCGGACAAUGGGCCGCGCGCCGCGGCUGCGGUGAGCUCUGCAGGAUCCCGCCGCCGGCCCCGGGCCAAGGGCUGUCGGGUGCGUUUGCAAGUUUGGUUGCCCGAGGUGGAUGUGAGUUUACUUCUCCUGUGUACAUUCUCUGUCUUCUUUCGUCUGUUUUGGGUUUUAUGACUUGGAGAAGAGAACUUUUCUAAGCAGGCCGGGCACAACUGAAGGCUGCUCUGCCCCCACGUGGACGCUCCCCAGGGGGAAAGAAGUCUGAAAGUAAACUUAGCCCCGCUGGCCUGAAGGCCUCAACUUCGGCUGGACUGUAAGUAAGUUUUAGAGUCAUGACCUUCUUGCUGGGCAGGUGGGAAUCUUUAUGCGCCUUGGGCUGGACCUGAAACCUCGGCCAGCAUCCAAAUCUCCCCCGCCCCAAUCACACCUUGUACCAGGGCUAGCCCCCCACCCCCCGACACUGAUCUACAGCAUGGAUAAAUAUGACGAUCUGGGCCUUGAGGCCAGUAAAUUCAUCGAGGACCUGAACAUGUAUGAGGCCUCCAAGGAUGGGCUCUUCCGGGUGGACAAGGGUGCUGGCAACAACCCAGAAUUUGAGGAAACUCGAAGGGUGUUCGCUACCAAGAUGGCCAAAAUCCACCUCCAGCAGCAGCAGCAGCAGCUCCUACAGGAGGAGGCCCUACCUAGGGCAGGCAGAAGCCCGGUCAACGGUGGGAACCGUCAGGGUGCGAGCAGCAAGCUGGCGGCAGAUGGGGCCGCUAAACCUCCUCUGGCUGUGCCAGCAGUCUCACCUGGAUUAGCUACCACCACUGCGGCCGUGCAGCCCCCAUACCCAUCUCAGGAGCUGAGGACCAGGCCAUCUGUCCAUGGUGCAAGGCCUGGCAGUCAGAACUGCGGUUCCAGAGAGGGACCUGUGAGUUCCCAGAGACCUGCAUCACACAGUCUGGUUCCCUGUGAAGACCCUUCCUGCCUCACUCACGGAGACUAUUAUGACAAUUUCUCCUUGACAAGCCCACAGUGGGGUGAUAAACCAGAAGGGUCCCCCAGCAUGAGUGUAGGGAGUGGAUGGCCUGGUUGUUCAGGGAAUGAUUCCACAUUGCCCAGAUCCUGUGGGGACCAUCACCCUUACCAGCCACAGCUCUCCAUGUCCUCUGGCAGGUCUUUUGAAAGUGGCAUCAGUGGCCAGGACGGUGGCAUGGGUGGCCAUAGCAGUGGGAAGCCAACAGGCCUUUGGUCCACUGCUUCCUCUCAGCGAGUGAACCUCGGUUUUACUAACAUGAGCUUGGAGAAUGGGACCCCAGCUCAAGCCAAGGGCACAACUGUUUCAGCACUGAUGGCCCCUAGCAGCACUAGCCAGGGAGCUUGUCCGAGAAGAGAUCCAGGUCUGGGAUAUGAGGCUUCAGGCGGGGUCUUCAAACCCCUUGUGGACACUCAGCCUUGGCUCCAGGAUGGGCCCAAGUCUUACCUCUCUGUUUCUGCUCCAUUAUCCUCAACAACUGGCAAGGACAGUGCCCAGACAGGUAUGACCACUGGGCUGGAUCCUAAGCUUGGGUGCGUGGAGUCUGGCACUAGUCCCAAGCCCAGCCCCGCCAGUAAUGUCCAUCCGGUAAUGUCCACUCCAUCUGAGUUAUCUUGUAAAGAGAGCCCUCCCAGCUGGUCCUCUGACAGUAGCCGGGGACCUGUGCUCCCAGGGAGCCCCACCCCCUCCAGGGUGAGGCUGCCCUGCCAGACCCUCGCACCGGGCCCUGAGCUUGGACCCUCCACUGCGGAAUUGAAGUUGGAAGCCCUCACCCAGCGUCUGGAGCGAGAGAUGGAUGCUCACCCCAAAGCUGACUACUUUGGAUCCUGUGUGAAAUGCAGCAAAGGGGUGUUUGGAGCUGGCCAGGCCUGUCAGGCCAUGGGGGAUCUCUACCACGAUGCAUGCUUCACCUGUGCGGCCUGCAGCAGGAAGUUAAGAGGAAAGGCCUUCUAUUUUGUCAAUGGCAAAGUAUUCUGUGAGGAAGACUUUUUGUACUCUGGCUUUCAGCAGUCUGCGGACAGGUGUUUUCUUUGUGGACACCUGAUCAUGGACAUGAUCCUACAGGCCCUAGGGAAGUCCUAUCACCCUGGCUGUUUCCGCUGCGUCAUCUGUAAUGAAUGUCUGGAUGGGGUUCCUUUCACCGUGGACUCCGAGAACAAGAUCUACUGUGUCCGAGAUUAUCACAAGGUGCUGGCCCCCAAGUGUGCAGCCUGUGGCCUUCCCAUCCUUCCAGCAGAGGGUUCAGAUGAGACCAUCAGAGUUGUGUCCAUGGACAGAGACUACCACGUAGAGUGCUACCACUGUGAGGACUGUGGUCUGGAGCUCAAUGAUGAGGAUGGUCACCGCUGCUAUCCACUGGAGGACCACCUGUUCUGUCACUCCUGCCAUGUCAAGAGACUGGAGAAAGGACCCUCACCUGCACCCCUCCACCAGCACCACUUCUAGCAAAAAGAUGCAGUUGGGAUGUGGGGCCCUCCGGGGAGGUAUCUGCGUAGCACUUCUGAGCUCCCCCACAGCUGGGCCACAGGAAGAGAAGGGACAAGAGGUUGAGUUCCUCUGUGUGUGUGUGUGUGUGUGUGUGUGUGUGUGUGUGUGUGUGUGAAGGGUAUCUUUCUUUUAACCACAGCAGGGUGCACUCCCCAUCCAGUCCAUGGGCUUCCCAAGUACUUUUCUCUAUUGCUACACUUUCUUCACUGAAUCACUCAGGAAGACGCUCCAGCUUGCACAUGGCGCCUGACACAAGAUGGGGGCUGUGUGACUGGACACAUCCUACUCCCUGGAAAACAGGUUUUCAGAUUGUGUUGAGCACAUUCCACAGAGUCCCUAAAGAGAAACAGUGAUGGAGGUGAGCAGCGCGUCCCUCCUGUAGGAGAGUGCCCGCACACAGAUAACCCUCCUCACAGGCCAGCCUAUGGCAUGACUUAACAGUUCAGUCCACUUCAGAGCUUUAGUUCUUCGGAGAAGGCUUCGAACACUUAACUGCCUUACAGCAAGAAAGAGGCACUGCAAAUGCUUUGUACCUUGGAGUUUGCUUGGUGAACGAGAGCUAAGCUUGGACAUCUGGGAGGCUGGGUCUCCCCUGUUACGCCUCUGCCUUUCCUCCUGCACUUCCAUCCCCUCGGCAGUGGGGCUGGGCAGAGGCCUGCCCUGUUCUAUACAGCCCCUCAGAGAGAACCGGUGCAGGCACCAGGCUUCUUGUCCAUGCCCGGUGCUGUGUUUUCAUUGCUUCCUCCAGUCUGUGACAUUGGAGUUGCUUCCUCAAGGUGAGUCUGAGGACCAUGUCUUCACAUCCCUGCCAACAUUUUCAACUUAUUUGAGCAUGACCGUUGGGAAUCCCAGUCUGUAUCCUGGGAGAGAGCACCUUCUACAAGGAAAGUUUUGUGUGUGAGAUCUCAAAGCUAGCCCCAGAGGGAGUGCAUGAGCUUGUUUCAGAUGUAUCUCUCUGGUCCACUUCUCAGCACAUUCGUUUGGUUUGAGGAAACCAAUAUAAGGUACACUGCUUUGGUCUGGUUUGGUCUGUUUUUUUUUUUUUUUUUUUUUUUUUUAAAACUUCAUUAUUACUCUCUACCUUUUUCCACAUACAAAACAUACCUCAGAUAGUUUUCACAAAAUCACAGAUCAAAGAAGAAUUCAUCCACCAUAUUAGAGACCAUUGGUGUAUCAGCAGUAGCCAAUUCCGAACUCUUGACUAUAGCUAAGCCACACAGUGGCAAUACAAGGCCUUCUGAGACUAGAUGCAACUGAAAUCAGCACUCUAGCCUCAUGUGUCUCUGCAUGCCAGCUCCCGAGGCAGCCAGGCUAAGAGGGAGACCACAUGCUGACAAAAUUAGGACCACUUCUGAGGUGGAUAUGUGGACAUAUCCAGCCUCCCAACAUUUGAGAGGCCGAAGUUUAUGAAGUAGGAGUUUAAGGCUGUUCUCAACUACAUGAGGCCAUGACCUCACUCAAAAAAACUUAAAAGAAAACCACAACAACAAGAAACACCCACCCAGCACUGAAGAACAUAGUUAACUUUGCAUAUCACUUCCUGAGGCCAAAGGUCAGUGUCUCCUUGGAAGUUCAAAUGGGUAAAACUGAAAAAACAAAACCAAAAUGGGCUUCCAUCUGCUGUCCUAUCUUCAGGGAGUGCCCCAUGACUUGUGGCAGGAAGGCUGCAGUGUCACAUCUCAGCAGUCAGGCUGGGUACCCAGCAGCAGGCUUGGGUGAUGAAGCAAGGUCCGUAGAGCCCCUGCCACAUGUGAAUGUGGACUCUUGGCUAGGCCUCAGCUACACUAUUGCAAUCCUGUUGGCCUCUGUUGCCUGUGAGAAGUUCAGAACUAGCACUGUGGACCAGGACUAUCUCUUUCAUUUUUAUAAAGGUUCCUUCUGUUGGGAUUCUUUGGCCAGAUGUUACUUGUUUCCUGUUCUACACAGAGGGCCCCCCCCCCCUUAAAAAAAAAAAAAGCUAUGAAUAUACGGGGCCACAGAGAUAGACCCUGAGACUAGCCCUGAUUUUUCUCUUCCAGUUACCCAGGUUGGCUUUGGCAAGGGUGGCAGGGAAAGGAAAUGAGACAAUAUGUCUUUGCCUUUGUUGAGGUUCUGGUAUAGUCUAAUUUUGAGUCAAUAUGAUUGAUGAAAAUUGCAUUGGAAUUAGUAUCAGAAGUAGAUGGGAUUUGUUUGCAAAUUGAAUAAUUUAAAACUCUGUGAUCAAUUAAGUGAAAUUCCUGAUUGAGGUGAUUCAGAUCUGUUUGCAAAUACUACAUUUUAUAUUAUCAAAAAAGCAAUAAAGAAAUUUGUAGAUUUCCCAGAA